CGCCGAGGUUGGAGCGAUUUGGAAAAUAUUAAUUUAUUUAUGCAAGGGACCACUUGAAAGGGAAGCUUGAAGUGUGAAAGUUAUAGUUUUCAAAAACUAUUACAACUGAUUGAUUUGGAUCUGUGUUACUAAGUUUGGUGUUCUUUUUGAAUUCUAAGGUUCUCUCUUCCUCCCCUGCCUGAAAGCUGCUGGGCCAUGAAAACGAAACGGAGCUGGAAUGUGCGAGCAUCAAAGAUAGCAGCAAACACGGUCAACCCAAUUCGGUCCAUAGUGGAAAACCUGCACGUGACCCCCAAUCCUGACAAACCAGUCAUUUCUUUAUCCAUUGGCGACCCUACUGUCUUCGGCAAUUUAAAUGCUUCAGACGAAACCACUUCCGCUGUUGUAGAAAGUGUUCUGUCCCUGCAACAUAACGGAUAUGCUCCUUCCACAGGAUACCGAGAAGCGCGGCAAGCUGUUGCCGAAUAUUCCUAUCGUGAUGAAGCACCUUUAGAAGCCGAGGAUGUGAUUCUGACGAGCGGCUGUUCCCACGCUUUGGAGAUGAGUAUUAUGGUAUUAGCGAAUCCAGGACAAAAUAUUUUGAUUCCAAGACCUGGUUUUUCAAUAUACAAGACAAUUGCCGAAUCCUUCGGAAUUGAAACUAGGUCUUAUAACCUACUGCCCAACCUCGAUUGGCAGAUAGACUUGGAAAAUCUGGAGUCACAGAUCGAUAGUCAAACUGCAGCGGUCAUCAUCAACAACCCAUCCAAUCCCUGUGGGUCGGUGUUUUCCAAACGACACCUGAGAGCCAUCGUGGAGCUUGCCAACCGCAACUGCGUGCCCAUCAUCGCAGACGAAAUAUACGAAGACUUUGUAUUCAAGGGGGAGACAUUUCAUCCCAUAGCUACUUUAUCAACCCAAGUGCCCAUCCUUUCUUGUGGAGGGUUAACAAAAAAAUUUUUAGUCCCCGGAUGGAGAAUGGGAUGGAUCUUAAUACACGACCGUCAAGGCAUCUUUGCCAAAGAGGUUCGUCGUGGUCUCCAAGCGCUAAGUCAAAGAAUCAUCGGCAGCAACACAAUCGUGCAAGGGGCUCUCCCAAAUAUAUUGAAAGACACGCCUGAGUCGUUCUUUGACAAUAACAUCGAAACAGUCCAGAGAAAUGCCGUGCUGUCCUAUUCUAUACUUGCAGAGGUUCCAGGUUUGUGUCCGAUAAUGCCAUCAGGAGCUAUGUACAUGAUGGUAGGAAUACAAAAAACUUUCUUCCCGUCCUUCAAGCACGAUCUGGAUUUCGUCGAAUGCCUGAUGUCGGAACAAUCAGUCUUUUGCCUGCCAGGAUCGGCUUUUGAUUUUCCGAACUAUUUCCGCAUCGUCCUGACGGUUCCCGAUGAGCUGAUGGCAGAAGCUUGCGAGCGUAUCAAAGAAUUUUGCACCAAGCACUAUACUCUCAACACCAAGAUUUCAACUUCGAACACGGAAAUGAUUCUUCGAACACAGAUGCCCCUACAAGUAUAAUACACGCAGGACUCACGAAACAUGGAUUUAAUUGAAGCUAUGAAGAUGUCGGUCGCGGUCAACACGCGUAUAUCCUUUCCUCAUAUUGACAAGAACUCGGAAUGAGUUGAGGCGUCUGUGAUUGGUUGCUUUGCUGAACAUCACUUGUGUUACCAUUUUAUACAUUUAAACAGCUCAGUCACAACUUUUAGUUUGCUAUUUAAAUGUAUACGGCAGGAAGUUAUUUUAUGAAAAUUUUAUUCUUUUUUAACGACCUCAACGAGAAGUGAUAAAAAUGUGCAAGUUAGUUGCUAAUUGAAGUUUUAAAGAGCGCCAAAUUUCCUGGCAUACAAGCAAUCUCGAUUUGCUAAAUCGGUCAAACAAAAUUCACUCUGGCUGAAUUUUGUCUUUAUUUAUGCUGGACUUUAAAUUUUGCAAGCAAGAACACAGGAGUCAUGCUAUUGUGUUGGGAUAGCUAGAAAAAAAAAACUCCUUUUCGAAGGAUAAACGAAAUGAAUUUAGCCAGAAGCAAAUAUUACCAACUUAGGUAUUUAUUCAAAUUAUAGUAUUCACAUCCUUUUUCUAUCACGGGAGAUCUAUAAGGGGACAAGUUAAAUUCUUGUAGACUAUUUAUAAAUUUUUAGUUCAUAAUUGAUCUAGAUGCUAGAAUUUCAUAAACGAUCUACAAUUUUUUUUUUAAAUCAAUAAACAUUGCUUAUCAUUUAAGCUUCGAUUCCGUAUAUGAUUCUUAUACUAGGACUAAUUGGAGUUGAUGGCUUAUAUAAGCAUGAUAAUCAGUUUGUAUGACGCUGCUCCUGAUUUUGAAGGUGAUCAUUUUCGGGAAAGGGCAUAAUAAGUGAAAUAUUCAAGUAAAAUAGGAGAUGAGCGAAUUAAGGAGGAGAUGACAUCUUCCCCAGCUCAGUUACUCACUACUCCAGACUGAUGAGUCCACAACAAGGCCUAAAUUGCAGUCUCUGGAUGUGAUGAUAGUUCUGUCGGUACAUUGGAUGUAAAAGGGGGAGUCUGGGACAUUUUUUCAAAAUGUAAGUCUCAAAAACGCAGCUUUAGGCAAACUUUGGUAGCUUAAGCGGACCUCCCCCUCAUGACCCCUCCCUUCUGUAUCCGCGCUUGGUAUGACGUCAUCAUUGUUGCUUAGUGAAACAACCAAUCACAAAUGCAUUAGCUCAAGGGUCUUCUCGUAUCCGAAACUGAUUAAUAGUUCAAGAAACGAUCACCGGUCACUUUCUGUUUUGCUGUUCCGAAAAAUGUUCGAUUUUCUUAGGUGUGCAGUUUUGAUGAGAAUGUAAGUAGCUUGAAAGAUCUAGUAUGCUGUGAGCGAGAAAGCAACAUUUGCAACUUCAAACACAAUGGAAAGAGACGACAUGUUUACACAAUUAAUCUUAUGAUGUUCAAGUAUUUGGUUAACGGAUCUCGGUGUAUUCAUUUCUGAAAAGUAUAGCGAAUUCGUUUGACUAUGUUUAUUUUGACCCUUGCAAAUUAGAUCAAACAAGAUUUGGAAUGAAUGCUGUAGAGAUAGUAUAAGAAUAAAUUAACUUGUGA